CGGGACGCAGGAGGCGGAGCUGUUCACUUCUCGCCGCGUCCGUGCCUGCUCGCUCCGAGUCUUCUUGCUGGGGGGCCUGCGCGCGCGUGCGCGGACAUGGCUUCAAACGACUAUACUCAACAAGCAACCCAAAGCUAUGGGGCCUAUCCCACACAGCCUGGGCAGGGCUACUCUCAGCAGAGCAAUCAGCCUUAUGGACAGCAGAGUUACAGUGGUUAUGGCCAGUCAGCAGAUACUUCAGGAUAUGGCCAGAGCAGCUAUGGUUCUUCUUAUGGACAGACCCAGAACACAGGUUAUGGCACUCAGUCAGCCCCCCAGGGAUAUGGUUCCACUGGUGGAUAUGGCAGUAGCCAGAGUUCCCAAUCUUAUGGGCAGCAGUCCUCAUACCCUGGCUAUGGCCAGCAGCCAGCUCCUAGCAGCACCUCAGGAAGUUAUGGUGGCAGUUCUCAGAGCAGCAGCUAUGGGCAGCCUCAGAGUGGGGGCUAUGGCCAACAGUCUGGGUAUGGCGGACAGCAACAAAGCUAUGGACAGCAGCAAAGUUCCUAUAACCCCCCCCAGGGCUAUGGACAGCAGAACCAGUACAACAGUAGCAGUGGAGGUGGUGGAGGGGGUGGUGGAGGCAACUAUGGUCAAGAUCAGUCCUCCAUGAGUGGUGGCAGUGGUGGUUAUGGCAAUCAAGACCAGAGUGGUGGCAGCAGUGGUGGCUACGGGGGAGGACAACAGGACCGUGGGGGUCGUGGCAGGGGCGGUGGAGGUGGUUACAACCGCAGCAGUGGUGGCUAUGAACCCAGAGGUCGUGGAGGUGGUCGUGGAGGCAGAGGCGGCAUGGGCGGAAGUGACCGAGGUGGCUUCAAUAAAUUUGGUGGCCCUCGGGAUCAAGGAUCACGUCAUGAUUCUGAACAGGAUAAUUCAGACAACAACACCAUCUUUGUGCAAGGCCUGGGAGAGAAUGUUACAAUUGAAUCCGUAGCUGAUUACUUCAAGCAGAUUGGAAUUAUUAAGACAAAUAAGAAAACUGGACAGCCCAUGAUUAAUUUGUACACAGACAGGGAAACUGGCAAGCUUAAGGGAGAGGCAACAGUUUCAUUUGAUGACCCACCUUCUGCUAAAGCAGCUAUUGACUGGUUUGAUGGUAAAGAAUUUUCUGGGAAUCCUAUCAAGGUCUCAUUUGCUACUCGCCGAGCAGAUUUUAACCGAGGUGGUGGAAAUGGUCGUGGAGGCCGAGGGCGCGGAGGACCCAUGGGCCGUGGAGGUUAUGGAGGAGGUGGCAGUGGUGGCGGUGGUCGAGGAGGAUUUCCCAGUGGAGGUGGUGGUGGUGGAGGACAGCAACGAGCUGGGGACUGGAAGUGUCCUAAUCCUACAUGUGAGAACAUGAAUUUCUCUUGGAGAAAUGAAUGCAACCAGUGUAAGGCCCCUAAACCAGAUGGCCCAGGAGGGGGACCAGGAGGCUCUCAUAUGGGCGGCAACUAUGGAGAUGACCGACGUGGUGGCAGAGGAGGCUACGAUCGAGGCGGCUACCGGGGCCGUGGCGGGGACCGUGGGGGCUUCAGAGGGGGCCGGGGUGGUGGGGACAGAGGUGGCUUUGGCCCUGGCAAGAUGGAUUCUAGGGGUGAGCACAGACAGGAUCGCAGGGAGAGGCCAUAUUAGCCUGGCUCCUGAAGUUCUGAGCAGCUUUUCCUCUUCCCAGUGUUACCCUUGUUAUUUUGUAACCUUCCAACUCUUGUUCACCCAUGGAUUUUUUUUGUGUGUGUGUGUGUGUGCGCGCGUGCGUGUUGGACUACCGCAAUUGUAACCAUACCUCUGGGUCUCAUUAAAAACCAUCAUUUUAGUUAAAA